CCGACAUUGUGAGUGUGUGCUGCAUUACAGAAGAAAAUAGUGCCUCGUAAGUGCGUCAUUAUAAACGUGAAACUUAUUAUAUCUCUUUUUACAGUAACAAUCACGAAUAACGAUGGGUCGUAUUCGCUCUAGAGGCAUAAGAGGGCAAUGGAGUGAAGAAGACUUAACCCAAGCGCUUCAAGCUGUGAACGCGGGUAUGUCAGUAAAUAGGGCCAGUACAACUUAUAAUCUACCAAGGAGAACCCUUAGGCGCUAUGUCGAGCAAGGUAAGACAGGAAAAGCCGCCAUGGGUCGUAAACCAAUCUUAACUCAAGAACAAGAAGCUGAAUUAAGUCGAAGAAUCAUUCGGUUAUCCGAAGUAGGUUACCCGCUAACUGCAAGUGUACUUCGUCGAUGUGUUUACCGGUAUACCAAGUUGAAUAAUAUUCCAAAUCCUUUUGGAGAAGAAAAAGAAAAGGCUGGGCGAUAUUGGCUAAAGGGAUUUAUGGAAAGAAACCCUCAAAUUCGAGUUAGAAAAGCACAAAAUCUAAAUCCGGCAAGAGCCCAAAAACUAAACAAAUUCAUUGUGAAAUAUUUUUCCACGCAUCCAGACGAACGUUCAAUUAGUAAGAUGCGUUUUGGAGGCAUAUUUUCAGCUGUUUGGGAUAAAACAAUGACAAUGUCAAAUAUUAAAGCAGGCUUCAGAGCAACAGGGAUAUAUCCUCUAAAUCGUGAAGCAAUUCCAGAGAUUGCAUUUGCUCCAAGCACUGCAAGUCAAAAUCAGGACCAAGAACCUCAACAGCAACAGCAAAUGUCUCAAGAAACAGUUCCAUCUAAUACAUCUGGUUUAUUAGAGAAUAAGGAAAAUAAUGUCGAUCGCUCAAUUUCUUUAGAAGCUGGUCCAUCCACAUCUGGUGUAAGAUCACAAAAGAAAAACGGUACUAGAGCCAGAACUUGUACCCAUGAUGACAGCAGCAGUGAUUCAGACAGUCAUUUCAGUGUACACGAUGAAUCUAAUAACUCUUAUUCUGACGAAGAAAUUGUACAAGAUCCUGCCUUGAACGAGAACAAUUCGUUUACUGAGAUGCUACCAACUCCAGAUAUGGUACUAACCAAAGCUAAGAAACCCAGAAAACCUGCUCUGAACAGUAGAGCCCAAGUUGUCACAAGAAACUUGUUCACUAAAGAAAACAAAAUUCUUAAGGAUAUUUCAGUAUCAAGUACGAAUAUCAAAAAAAAAAUCAAAAAUAUCUAG